AUGCAGCCAACACAACCCCUCCAAAGAGCCAUCAGGCGGCUCGCCCUGACCACCAAACAAGGCCCGCACAACUACUACAAAGGAAACCGAACCGGCGCAAUGGGAACACACACGAAAUGGGGAGGCUACAAGAUCGACUGGUCAAAAGUGAGGACAUACGUGGUGCCGGACUUGUCGGACUUCAACUUGACACCAUUUGUCGCGAAAAUUAUCGAAAAGAAACGGGACUCCUUCCUGCAUACGAAGACGAAGAGUCCGCUGGAUGGACAGGAGUAUUUGAAGAAGUGGAAGCAUAUGGGUGGGAAUCUGUGA